UGUCAAUUCUAUUUUGAGAAAUGUCACUUUUCUUCCUCGUUGGAGAAGGAGCGCUGCUGUAGGUGAAUGUAAUAACCAUCCCGUCAUAACGGUGAAUAAGCGACGGGAGUGAGAAGAGGACAAUAUCGAGAAACCUCCAACGGAUACAGUAUCCACUUAAUAUCUCCAGGAUGAAAAGAAACUUAAUCAAUCAGCUGAUGCUGAUGGUUUUAUUGGCGUCGUUUUAUGCAUUCGUCAACAUAUUCAUCCACACGUCUUGGCUUCUUAGAGAUUUCCCAGCCAUCCAAAACAACGGUAUCCAGUACUUCGAGAGUUCACCUCAUGUCCCCUUCGGAUACAUGGACUUCCAAGCAAUGCUGGAGGAAGAAGAAAGCUUCCUGAUGCCCAGUAAAGCAAUACCAAUGAAUUCAGAAUUUUCUGGUGAGGAACUUGAACGAGUGAAGAAGAGUCUUCCAGAAGGUCGAGGAGAAUUAAGAUCUGCCCAUGAGAAAGCCACUGAGCAAUUAAAGAUACUGAUGGAUGCUGUUACGAAGCCAACUUACUAUUGCUCCAAAUUGUUGAACCAAGCUGGAAGUACUUGUAAUCUUGUACCGACCGAUGACACGAAAGUUUGCAUGGAUGCUGGAGUACGUCCCAACCAGAAUUCAUGCAUCGUGUACUCUUUGGGGAUUGGUCACAACUUAUUCUAUGACCUGUGCAUGGCAAAAUACGGAUGUAAUGUUUUUUCCUUUGACCCAGACUUCCAACGAAGUCUUUAUCGAACCAACAAUCCGUAUAAAAGAGUGUACUUGGCAUCAGUACGUUUGGGAACACAAGUCGAAUAUCGCACAGUCCAAGAUAACAAUGAAAACGCGACCAUCAGAUAUUUUCAUCGACCACUGGACAAUAUUAUGUAUAUCCUACAACACGAGAUGUCAAAUAUCGACGUUCUCAAAAUCGAUAUAGAAGGAGAUGAAUUUCUUGUGCUCGAAGAGAGCAUUUUCAGAACGGACAUUUUAGAGCGUACAAGACAACUUUCUCUUGAAAUACACCUUCUCGAAUUCAUAGAGGAAAACCCGCCUGAAAAGAUUGAGGAAAUAGCCAAGAAUUACACAAGGAUUUUCCUUAGACUAAAAAGCAGCGGUUUUGAACUCACUUACUACGGGCCUAAGGUCAUGACCCCAAAACCGUUGAUAAAAGUCUUGGGCAUCAAUUUUCCUCUUUCCUCCCAGCAGUUGUGGAUCAACAGGAAAGUCAAGCAGGGAGAAAAACCAGCUUACGAGAAACCUAUACUUUACUAUGUGAAGGAACUCGACCCUGAAGAAAACAUUUGAUACUGUCACAUUAAUUCUGGAAUGAAAAUAUUUGUUUCCUAACACACAAACAAACAGACACUCGGAUGAAAACAUUUCAACUUCCCAAAUUCACCGAUGGAGGUAAUUGUAACGGUUUUUGUUCCACCUAUAGUUUGUAAGUUGCUUUAUAGAUUUAUACGGCAAAUAAAGAAUAGGAGUGUUUAUGAUUUAUAACUAAAGACACUAUGCUAAAACAAAAUCAAUGGCUAUCAAAUGUAACCUGGUUCACCAUUUUAAUUUACCUCAGAUUUAUCAGAGGAUAAAAAGUGACAUGAAAUACAUAGUUAAGAGAGUAUUGCAUGGUCUUUUACACAAGAACAUAUAAAUGUAUUUUAAAAAUUUGGGUCUUCGUUGGCUUAGGCCCACCCAGAUGCUUAAGCUAUUCUUUACACAAAUGCAUUUUGGCAAAUCGUGAAUUGUUACUGUGACUCCAAUGCCAGGAGUUUCUUCAGUAUUCUGGAAAAUAAUUGAGUGAGCUUAUUGGCCAUUUCAGACAACCUUUCAUUGUUCUUUUCGAUCUGAAGCACAUUUCCUAAGUUGUAAAAGAUUUGUACUGUUCUCUAGAAUGUGGAAGUUUAGAGAACGAGAAAUCUUGAUCAGUUAUCUCCUCUAAAUAUGUGACUGCAUUGGUAAAUGUUGGAUCAGCUCUAGAGCUUUUAUUUCCCUUGCUUUAUUUUAGUACAUAUGAGUAUACGUAGUUACAGUGGAUCCUUGC